AUGCUUCUGCGUAAGAAAUGGCCUCGGCCCAUCAAUCCUAAGUGGGUGACAUUUUCCAAUCUUGAUCGCAGUCAACCUCUUCACUCCGAUUUACCAGCUAUUUUGUCUGUCGAUGGUUCAAAUAGUGGAAAGUCGUUGCGCAAAGCCAGGAGUGUGACCGGUCACUUGUUUCAAGCCUGUGAUCCACCUCUCCAGCCGAGUGGUCGAGAGGCCGGCGCGGUAUGUUGUGAUGUGGAUUUGGUCCGUUUGAAUAGCCCUGCCUUCGUAAACCAGCAUUGUAGAAGGCAAUAA